UUCCUGGGUACAUAAACACGGGAGUCUGUGUGUAUAUAAACGGUCCCAAAGGGAGUUUGUAAUCCAUCUUAACAACAGCUGCCUGAACGAGAUGAAGCUGAGUGUCCUCCUGGUUUUCGGGGCCCUGUUGAUCAUCGUUGACGGCAUGCCGCCGAUCAGCAGAGACUACAACACGCGCUGCCGCUGCCUUCAGCUGGAGUCCAGGGUCAUCCCUCCGCACGACCUGAGGAGCAUCAAGCUCGUCCCCGAAGGGCCCCACUGCCCCAGUAUUGAAGUCAUAGCCGGACUGGCCAACGGCGAGAAGGUGUGCCUGAACCCCCGGUCCGCCUGGGUGAAGAAGCUGGUCCGCUUUGUCCUCGAGAGGCAAAGUCACCAGCAGGGACAGGCGCUUUAAUAAAAAUAAACACCUUUCCCGCGGGGUGUUUCACACAAAGCACUUGUUUUGUCAAUUGUGGACGUGAGAGAGACGCCGUGGGAUCACACGCGUCACCAGCCGCACCGUGGGAGCCUCCCCAAGUGUUAUUAAUUCUGAUGCCAACAUAUCGCUGUCUGCUAUCACAUUUCAAUACCGUAACCACACUAAUUGUGUAGCUUCUGCCAAAGGGGGGGGGGGGAGGUGUACAGACAAGUUCAUACAAAGGAGGAGAAAGUCAACCUUUACCUGAAGACAGCAUAUGAAAGAUUAUUUCCUUCUGAAGCCGUGUGGGAGAUGCGGUAGAGAUAAAAGUGCAUUUCUUUGGCACCUUCUUUGGCAAACGUGCCGUCACGGAGGUGUUACCGGAUGUAAAAAAAACCACGGGACGCAAUAAAGAGAAGCGUAGUAAGAUAGUGGACACACACAGUCAUCCGAACAAAGACCUUCGUGGGAAACUUCUUUAGAAACAUUCAAAUUGCUUCCCUCAACUGCGAACAUUACGCAAGCUGCCCGUCUCCCUCCACCGUGCUGUCAUGUAAGGUUAAGCAUGAAGAACUCCCGAGAACCCUAAAAGUACAAAAGCACAUUGGUUUUAU